UAAACGUCACUUUCCUGACGUGAAAGUCAAAGUUUGUCAGAGCGACGGCAGAGCUGUAGUCCAGUAUACUCUUGGUUUCUGUCUGAAGAAAACUCAACUGGGUUCAUCUGUUCUUUCUCAACAUUUGACUCAAAUACUGUGUGUAGACAUGUCUGCUGCCAGCUCUCUGAGAUCUGAAGAUCAGUUUCUGUGCUCCAUCUGUCUGGAUCUGUUCACUGAUCCAGUCACUACAUCAUGUGGACACAACUUCUGCAAACACUGCAUUACUCAACACUGGGAUCAUAAUGUCACGUUCCAGUGUCCACUGUGUAAAGAGAUUUUUGACACUAGACCUCAGCUGAAGAUCAACACUUUCAUACGUGAGAUUGUUGCUGAGUUCAGACAUGAAGCUCAACAGAAAGCCAGCAGCAGCAACUCAGAGCAACAAGCUGCCAAACCAGGAGAAGUUCCCUGUGACGUCUGCAUUGGGACCAAACUGAAGGCCCUGAAGUCCUGCCUGGUGUGUCUGCUCUCCUACUGUGACUUUCACCUGGAGCCUCAUCUGACAACGUCACGCCUGAAAACACAUCAGCUGAUCCAACCUGUGGACAACCUGGAAGACAGGAUGUGUAGGAAGCACGAUAAACCUCUGGAGCUGUUCUGUAAGACUGACCAGACAUGUGUCUGCCUGCUCUGCCCUGUUUUAGACCACAAGACACAUGAUGUUGUUCCUCUGAAAGAAGAAUAUGAAGGAAAGAACUCUUCUCUCCUGAAAGAUGCUCCACCUACCAAGGACUGGACAGAGGUCAGCGUCCAUCCACCAUCAUAUGAGGGGACUGUGGGGAGAGCUGUGACUCAGCUGGAGGAGACACUCAGUAAAGACAUGAAGAAGCUGGUUGAGGCUGAGCUGAAGAGGGUCCAGCAGUAUGCAGUGGAUGUGACUCUAGAUCCUGAUACAGCACAUCCUGCACUCAUCCUGUCUGAUGAUGGAAAACAAGUUCAUUGUGGUGAUGAGAGGAAAAAUCUUCCAGACAACCCAGAGAGAUUUUCAUAUUGUGUUAGUGUUUUAGGAAAGAAGAGUUUCUCUUCAGGCAGAUUUUACUUUCAGGUUCAGGUUAAAGGAAAAACUGACUGGGAUCUAGGAGUGGCCCGAGAGUCAGUCAACAGGAAGGGAGACAUUAUAGCAAGUCCUAAGAAUGGUUUCUGGUCUCUAAGUUUGAGAAAUGGAAAUAAGUAUACAGCCAAUACUAGUCGUCCAGUGCGUCUCUCUCUUGGUUCUCGUCCUGAGAAGGUGGAGGUGUUUGUGGAUUAUGAGGAGGGUCUGGUCUCCUUUCAUGAUGUAGAUACUGCAGCUCUUAUCUACUCCUUUACUGGCUGCUCCUUCACUGACAAACUUUAUCCAUACUUCAGUCCCUGCACAAAUGAUGGUGGUAAAAACUCUGCACCUCUGAUCAUCUGUCCUGUCAGUCAAACUGUCUGAUCCAUUUAAUGAUGAAGCUUUGAGAUCAAUGAAUGAACUUAUUGAUCUUCACUCUUGAUUCACACUCUGUACACAUAUGCUUUAAUACUACAAUACUGGUACAGCUGAGAUUGCAAAGAUAUCAAUGGAUUAGAGAGAUACGGUACAAACUGAUUAUGUUGGAAUAAAAACAUGUUAUUGUGAAUUAUGGUAAAACCUUUUUCGAACUGUUGGUUUUUGAACUGGUUUUGAACUGUUGAUUCAUGAAACUCUUCACCCCAGAUCCAUCCUGAAAAGCACUCGUGUGUAAAUUGUGAUGAUUGCAAAAUAAGCUCCAAUUAAAGGCCAAGGACUGUGUACUGGGCUGUGUAAACUAUGUUUAUUUCUGGUGUCAUCACCUUUAACAUGGUUUCAUUCACUAGUUUUUGCUCAGAAAUAUUUUAAAAAACAGAUUGAGGUUUGAUCGUCAUUUGAAGCAAUUUGUCUUCCUCCCUCACAGAAGCAGGUAGGUCAAGUAGAAGAAGCUUUCAUCAGUCUCUUGUUCUGGUCCAGUCCACAGGACCAUAUGACCAUGUGACCAAGUUCAGUCCAAAUACCUGGAUGUGUAACUUGUGUAGGCUCAGUACGGCCAGGUAUCCCAGGCUGGUUACUCCACCUGAGUUCAUCUUCCUUAGAUUUUGGUUCUGAAGUUCCAGAGUCACUCUGAUCGAACAACAACUCAACUUUAUUGAACAGAAAUAGAAAACAAACAUACCUUUUCUUAGAUGUACAGCUGAUUAAUGAAAUAAUUUAAUGAUCCAAAGAAUGAGUGAAGAAUAGUCCAUUAGAAAUAUUACUUCAAAUUUUGACCUGAGUAACUUUAAAAAGAAAAGUGAACUUGAUAAAACAUCAUAAAAAGUUAUAAUAUAUAUACCAUAUGACCCCUUUAGCUCUAAAGAAUGUUUCCUAGAUGGGACGCUGUUUUAGGUCACUUCUUUUGUAGUUAGCCAUCCAGCUAGCUAACAAAAUGAGUAAACUGCACCUGACAACAGACUGUACAUAAAGAUGGCCGCCAUGUGUUGACUUGUUCUCAAUGCACCAAAGAAAAGUAUCAGAUGGAUGUGUUCAGGGGAAUUGACAAACUUUAAACAACAGCAAUGGCAAUGUUAGCAUUUGUUAGCUUAACUAGGAAUCUGAAUACACAUGGUCAUCUCUGACACUUCUAGAGUUUUAUCUGUUGUUUUCUACAACACUAGAAGGAUGGAAUAAAAUAAUCUGGAGCAGACCAUCAUCCUCAUUGGUUGGUGUUAGGGGUAGUGGUUUAUUAGCAGGGAUGCUAACAAAUAUCUACAUGUUUCACUGAACUUGGAUUUACUUCCUGUUCUCCUGUUCUAGCGUUCAGUCAAACUAAACUGAAUGAUACUGAAGGGAUGAGUGAAUAGUUUCAGUUACUCGUUUAUAUAAUCUAAUUUUUUACACAUACUUCUGUUAUUUAACUGUAUUAUUGACAGUUUACCCACGGAAUUAAUAUUGUUUUCAUACUGUCAUUAUGUGAAAUAAUAAGUUAUUAUCAGUAUCUAUGUCUGUAUUGAGAUCUGUUGUGUUGUGCUCCGUGUAAUCAAAAGUUUCCAGUUCCAUUUGUUUAUGGUAGAGGAUUCUCUGUAGUAUAUUCACCAUCAUUGUUUCUUGGUGCAGUCUGUGUGUUAGGUGUAUUAUGCGAGGUGGAUAUAUAGAGCAUUACAUGUUACCUUAAUUCUUUUGGUGUCAGUACUUCUUGAGUUCUCCUGGGUAUGUUAAUAUUUCUUUGCACUAAGUCCAAAAUAUGUUUAUUUGCCUCUUGCACUAACGCUUCCAAUUCUUAAAAUUUCAUUUUGUGCUUUCAUUCAGUCUGCUCUGCCUUAUUCUGUCAGGUGAAAAGAGAUAGAAGGCUAAAAAUCCUCAUUUAAAUAGAACGGUAUCUACUUUUGCAACUGUUGUCAAUUGCUCAUGCAAUCUUAUAAGAUGACCCACAACCCGCAAACCAACAGCACGCACAAUCUAUAAGGUCCUUAUUUGGGAUUAAAGUAAAUCAGGCUCUAAGAGUUUGUCGUCGUUAAUUCAUUUAUAAGGCAAUGUUGGGACUGCUGCAUUCGUACAUUUGCACUUUAGUUACUUUGAGAAAUGCUGCACCUCAUUCUUUUCGUUCUCAAAAUCAGUUGUUGCUUUCUGUCCCUUAUGCUCAUACGGAGUUGGGUAAAAGGGCUUUUGUUUACUCUGCACCUCAUGCUUGGAAUAUGCUACAGAAAGACUGGAAACUAACUGACUUAAUUUUUUUUGAGCACUUUUAAAUCCAAACUGAGCGUUAUUGAGGUCAAUUCCAUUAUGUGCACUUGUUUCUCACAAUGUGUUUAGUUCUGUUUCCUUUUUAUGUAAAUACGCAACUGUAAUUUGUGUUUGCUGCCUCUUGGCUAGGACUCCCUUGAAAAAGAGGUUCUCAAUCUCAAUGGGAUAUUUCCUGGUUAAAUAAAGGUUAAAUGAAUAAAAGUGAAGUCUGGGGUAGUUUUUCUCUGUGUCCAGCAGAGGUCAGAAAAAACAACAACCACCAGAAGUGUGAUUAGCUGCAAUAAAGUCACACCAGGAAAUAAACUGAGGAAAAAUGUCACCACAUUUUACACUGAUCACACCUCCACGUGAAGCAGGAAAUAAACUGUGACAAAUAGAGCUGCAGUCAGAGGAGGAGCUAAACUGGAAAGACCAGAUUUAAACUUUAACUUUAACUUUACUGAAAUGAAAUUCAAAGUUUGUCAGAGUGACUCUGUGUUUCUGUGUGAAGAAAAUUUAUCUGAGUUCAUCUGUUCUUUCUCAACAUCUGACUCAAAUACU